ACUGCUUUCUGAAAGAGACGUCUAUGUUCUCUGGAAUCCACAAUUCCCAAUCCUAAAGAGGGUUAAACCCAAACCCCUCAUUUGUGAAAUCAGGAAGAAUCAUUGGUGGGUACAAUGUUUAUACAAAUAUUAAGCAUGAAUCAGGAUAUGGUCUUCUUGAUAAGCUAGAAGUUGAUGUUGUGAUAAUGAAGUUCCUUUAGAAAUGGAAGCAAAUGAACAGAAAUAUGCUGCUGAUAUAUCUUCCAUAAAGGAAGCACAUGAGCGUAUCAAGCCGUUUAUUCACAAAACCCCGGUGUUAACAUCUGAAUCGUUGAAUUCAAUCUCCGGAAGAAGCUUGUUCUUUAAGUGCGAGUGCUUUCAGAAAGGUGGAGCUUUCAAAUUCCGGGGGGCGUGCAAUGCUGUUUUGUCGCUUGAUGCUGAACAAGCAGCCAAAGGGGUUGUAACACACAGCAGUGGCAACCAUGCUGCUGCGUUGUCUUUAGCUGCAAAGAUUCAUGGAAUCCCUGCGUAUAUCGUUGUACCUAAAGGUGCUCCAAAGUGCAAAGUUGAUAAUGUGAUCCGUUAUGGUGGUAAGGUUAUAUGGAGUGAAUCAACAAUGUCUUCUAGAGAGAAAGUAGCUUCAAAAGUUUUGCAGGAAACAGGUUCAGUUCUCAUCCACCCAUAUAAUGAUGGACGUGUUAUAAGUGGUCAAGGCACAGUUGCAUUGGAACUGCUAGAGAAAAUCCAAGAGAUUGACACUAUAAUUGUGCCAAUAAGUGGGGGUGGGUUGAUCUCUGGUGUGGCUCUUGCUGCCAAAUCGAUUAAGCCUAGCAUCCGGAUCAUAGCCGCUGAACCCAAAGGAGCUGAUGAUGCGGCUCAGUCUAAGGUUGCUGGUAGAAUCAUCACUUUACCUGUCACCAAUACCAUAGCUGAUGGCCUUAGAGCUUCUCUAGGAGAUUUAACAUGGCCGGUAGUGAGAGAUCUGGUAGAUGAUGUGGUGAUUUUGGAAGAUGGGGAGAUAAUAGAAGCCAUGAGAAUGUGCUACGAGAUACUGAAAGUCUCUGUGGAACCAAGUGGUGCCAUUGGACUAGCAGCAGUUUUAUCAAAGAGUUUCCGUAGCAAUCCUUCUUGGAAAGAUUGCAAAAACAUAGGGAUUGUACUCUCUGGAGGUAAUGUUGAUUUGGGAGCUCUAUGGGAUUCAUUUAGGAGUUCUUAAAUAUCUUAGAUAAGAAUUGUCCGUAAAGGGAAUCACGUUCUUGCAAGAAACCUGUGUUGCAUUCAUAUGAUUGUUGUUGACAUCUGAAGCAAGUAAGACCCAAAUCAUCAAACAUUUGCAGAGUACAUGUUAAAAAUCCAUUA